CAUAGGUCAGUCCUCCUCAUUCGCUGUGGCGCGUGCUGUCUGGCGCGUGUCUUUUAAGUUUAUCCAAAUAUUUGAGAGGAAUUUAUCAGCUAGAUAAAAAAUAUAUAUUAUUUGUCGACUUCGUGUCGACAAUAAGACUUAAUGUGACAGGUGCCGACGGAUGUUAUGAAUUACUUACUGUUGUUGGAAACAAACUAUUUCAGAGAAAAGUGAGACACAGGGUUUUUUAAGCGAGGAAAGGUUAACACUUCCUCUUUCUCUUAAGGUGUGUGGAAACUUUUUUUAAUCAAAGUCAUUGGUGGAGUGUAAGCAGCAUUGCGGAGCCAGCACCAUGCCUCUCUUCGACGUGAAGGAGUUUGGUGAGGCAGCGCCCUUUCUGCGCAAGACGGAUCUGGAGUUGCUGGCGGUGCAAACGGUUGCAUUUGAUGGCAAGAAGCGGGGAUUCAUCCCGGAUGAGAAGGAAGCUUACAUUGAGAUUGAAAUCAAGGAGCUCAACGGUGAUAACACCACUGUACAGACACAGGAUGCAAAGCUUCUUGUCGUGAAGGAGGAUGACAUCCAGCAGAUGAACCCUCCUAAAUUCGACAUGAUUGAGGACAUGGCUAUGUUGACCCACCUGAACGAGGCGUCGGUGCUCUUCAAUCUGCGGAGGCGCUACAGCAACUGGAUGAUCUAUACCUACUCCGGGCUGUUCUGUGUGACGGUGAAUCCCUACAAGUGGCUCCCGGUCUACACGGCCCCUGUGGUAGCUGCCUACAAAGGCAAGCGCCGCUCCGAGGCGCCGCCGCAUAUCUACUCCAUUGCGGACAAUGCCUACAAUGACAUGUUGCAACAUCGUGAGAACCAGUCCAUGCUUAUCACCGGAGAAUCCGGUGCUGGCAAAACUGUGAACACGAAACGUGUAAUUCAGUAUUUUGCCAUAGUAGCAGCCCUGGGGGAAGCAUCUGCUAAGAAAGGAGGGGUUCCAGCUGCUAGAUCGGGCACGCUAGAGGACCAGAUCAUCGAGGCCAAUCCCGCCAUGGAGGCCUUUGGAAACGCCAAGACCGUCAGGAACGACAACUCCUCCCGCUUUGGCAAGUUUAUUAGGAUCCACUUUGGACCCAAUGGGAGGCUGGCCUCGGCUGACAUUGACAUCUAUCUUCUGGAAAAAUCCAGAGUGAUAUUUCAGCAGCCGGGGGAGAGGAGCUAUCAUAUCUACUACCAGAUCAUGUCCCAGAAGAAGCCUGAGCUUAUAGACAUGUUGCUGGUGUCGUCCAACCCGUAUGACUACCACUUCUGCUCCCAGGGAGUGACCACUGUGGAGAGCAUGGAUGAUUGCGUGGAACUCAUGGCCACCGAUCAUGCUAUGGAUGUCCUGGGCUUCAGUGUGGACGAGAAGAACGGCUGCUACAAGAUCGUGGGUGCCAUCAUGCACUUUGGCAACAUGAAGUUCAAGCAGAGCAAGAGGGAGGAGCAGGCAGAGGCUGACGGCACUGAAAGUGCCGAUAAGGCUUCCUACCUGAUGGGUGUGAGCUCUGCUGACCUCAUCAAGGGGCUCAUGCACCCCAGAGUGAAGGUGGGGAACGAGUUAGUGGUGAAGGGACAAAAUGUCGAACAGGUUACUUAUGCAGUGGGAGCUUUGGCCAAAGCCACAUACGACCGCAUGUUCAAGUGGCUGGUGGGCCGCAUCAACAAGACCCUGUACACCGUGCUGCCAAGACAGUUCUUCAUCGGCGUGCUCGACAUCGCCGGAUUUGAGAUCUUUGACUUGAACAGCUUUGAGCAGCUGUGCAUCAACUUCACCAAUGAGAAACUGCAACAGUUUUUCAACCACCACAUGUUCAUCCUGGAGCAGGAGGAGUACAAGCGAGAGGGCAUCGACUGGACCUUCAUCGACUUCGGCCUGGACCUUCAGGCCUGCAUCGACCUCAUCGAAAAGCCCCUGGGCAUCAUGUCUAUCCUUGAAGAGGAGUGCAUGUUCCCCAAGGCUACGGACAGCAGCUUUAAAUCCAAGCUUUACGACAAUCACCUGGGCAAGUCACCCAACUUCCAGAAGCCGCGACCGGACAAGAAGCGCAAAUUUGAGUCUCACUUUGAGAUCUUUCACUAUGCCGGAGUGGUGCCUUAUAAUAUCUGCGGUUGGCUGGACAAGAAUAAAGACCCCCUGAAUGAAACAGUGGUGGCCUGCUUUCAGAAGUCCGCCAACAAGCUGCUCGCUGCCCUCUAUGAGAACUACGUCAGCUCCGACAUAGCCAUGGACCCCAAGUCUGGCAGCAAGGAGAAGAGGAAGAAGGCUGCCUCCUUCCAGACGGUGUCUCAGCUGCAUAAGGAGAAUCUGAACAAGCUGAUGACCAACCUACGUAGCACCCAACCCCACUUUGUGCGAUGCAUCAUCCCCAAUGAGACCAAGACUCCAGGGAUCAUGGACCCCUUCCUGGUGCUGCACCAGCUGCGCUGUAACGGCGUGCUGGAGGGAAUACGCAUCUGCAGGAAGGGCUUCCCCAACCGCAUCCUCUACGCCGACUUCAAGCAGAGGUAUCGUAUCCUGAACCCUCAUGCCAUCCCAGAUGACACCUUCGUGGACAGCAGGAAGGCUGCAGAGAAGCUCCUGGGCUCCCUAGACAUAGACCACAACCAGUACCGCUUUGGCCACACCAAGGUGUUCUUCAAGGCUGGCCUGCUGGGCCUAUUGGAGGAGAUGAGGGAUGAGCGUCUGGCCAAGGUGCUGACCAUGCUGCAGGCGGCCAGCAGAGGCAAGAUCAUGAGGAUGGAACUACACCGCAUGUUGGCCAAGAAGGAGGCCCUGAUGGUCAUCCAGUGGAACAUCCGGGCCUUCAACAUCGUGAAGAACUGGCCGUGGAUGCGUCUCUUCUUCAAGAUCAAGCCCCUGCUGCGCAGCGCCGCCACGGAGAAGGAGCUGGCGGCCCUCAAGGAGGAGUUCCAGAAGCUGAAGGAGGCGCUGGAGAAGUCGGAGGCCAAGAGGAAGGAGCUGGAGGAGAAGCAGGUCGCCCUGAUCCAGGAGAAGAACGACCUCGGGCUGCAGCUACAAGCUGAGCAAGACAAUCUUGCGGAUGCUGAGGACCGCUGUGACCUGCUGAUCAAGACCAAGAUCCAGCUGGAGGCCAAGGUGAAGGAGAUGACGGAGCGUCUGGAGGACGAGGAGGAGAUGAACUCCACCGUGGUCGACAAGAAGAGGAAGCUGGAGGACGAGUGCGCCGAGCUCAAGAAGGACAUCGACGACAUUGAGAUCACCCUGGCCAAGGUGGAGAAGGAGAAGCACGCCACCGAGAACAAGAUUAAAAACCUGAUCGAGGAGAUGGCUGCUCUGGAUGACACCAUCUUGAGGCUGACCAAGGAGAAGAAGGCCCUGCAGGAGGCUCACCAGCAGACACUGGACGACCUUCAGGCAGAGGAGGACAAGGUCAACACUCUGUCCAAGGCCAAAGCCAAGUUGGAGCAGCACGUGGACGAUCUGGAAGGGUCGCUGGAGCAGGAGAAGAAGUUGCGUAUGGACCUGGAACGGGUCAGACGCAAGCUGGAGGGAGACCUGAAGCUCUCCAUGGAGACCGUCAUGGACCUGGAGAACGACAAACAGCAGAUGGAGGAGAAGCUGAAGAAGAAAGACUUUGAAAUCAACGCGAUCAGCUCCAAAAUUGAAGACGAGCAAGCAAUGGUCAUCCAAUUGCAGAAGAAGAUCAAGGAGCUACAGGCUCGUCUUGAGGAGCUGGAGGAGGAGCUGGAGUCUGAGAGGGCGUCGCGCUCCAAGGUGGAGAAGCAGCGCGGGGACGCCUCACGCGAACUGGAGGAGCUGAGCGAACGCCUGGAGGAGGCGGGCGGAGCCACGGCAGCACAGGUGGAGAUGAACAAGAAGCGCGAGUCGGACUUCCUGAAGCUGCGUCGAGACCUGGAGGAGGCAUCGCUGCACCACGAGGCCACCACGGCGGCGCUGCGCAAGAAGCACGCCGACAGCGUGGCCGAGCUGGGCGAGCAGAUCGACAGCCUGCAGCGCGUCAAGCAGAAGCUGGAGAAGGAGCGCUCCGAGGCCAAGAUGGAGGCCGAUGACCUGGCCUCCAACCUGGAGCAGCUCGCCAAGGCCAAGGCCGUUGCUGAGAAGACGUGUCGUCUCUAUGAGGACCAGAUGAAUGAGACCAAAGCUAAGGUGGAGGAGCUCCAAAGGCAGCUCAAUGACACCAACAGCCAGAGGGCUCGCGCCCAGGCAGACAGCGCGGAGGCAGGCAGGAGGCUGGAGGAGAGAGAGACUCUGGUCUCCCAGCUGCAGCGGGCCAAGAACUCCUUUGGCCAGAAUGUGGAGGAGCUGAAGAAACAGCUGGACGAGGAGAACAAGGCCAAGAAUGCCUUGGCUCAUGCUCUCCAGUCUUCGCGCCAUGACAACGACCUUCUGCGCGAGCAGUACGACGAGGAGCAGGAGGCCAAGUCUGAACUGCAGAGGGCGCUGUCCAAGGCCAACGCCGAGGUCGCCCAGUGGAGAACCAAAUACGAGACCGACGCCAUCCAGAGGACUGAGGAACUGGAGGAGGCCAAGAAGAAGCUGACCACGCGUCUGCAGGAGUCUGAGGAGAGCGUGGAGACGUCCAACGCCAAGUGCGCAUCGCUGGAGAAGACCAAGCACCGGCUCCAGACGGAGAUGGAGGACCUGAUCAUGGAUCUGGACCGUUCCAACGCUGCCGCUGCCGCCCUCGACAAGAAGCAACGCAACUUCGACAAGGUGCUGGCUGAGUGGAAGCAGAAGUACGAGGAGUGCCAGUCGGAGCUGGAGAGCUCGCAGAAGGAGGCGCGUGGCCUGAGCACGGAGCUCUUCAAGCUGAAGAACUCCUACGAGGAGGCGCUGGAUCACCUGGAGACCCUCAAGCGGGAGAACAAGAACCUCCAGGAGGAGAUCUCUGAUCUGACGGACCAGAUCGGUCAGGGCGGCAAGACCAUCCACGAGCUGGAGAAGAUGAAGAAAGGUCUGGACCAGGAGAAGACUGAGAUCCAAGCUGCUCUAGAGGAGGCCGAGGGGACACUGGAACAUGAGGAGAGUAAAACUCUUCGCAUCCAACUAGAACUCAACCAAGUCAAGGCUGAUGUGGACAGGAAACUGGGUGAGAAGGAUGAGGAAAUUGAGAACCUCCGCCGUAAUCACCAGCGUGCCCUGGAGUCUAUGCAGGCCACGCUGGACUCGGAGGCCAAGUCUCGUAACGAGGCCGUGCGGCUGAAGAAGAAGAUGGAGUGUGACCUGAACGAGAUGGAGGUGCAGCUCAACCACGCCAACCGCCUGGCCACCGAAUCCCAACGCACCGCGCGCACCCUGCAGACCCAGAUCAAGGACGUGCAGCUGGAGCUGGACGAGGCGCUGCACCAGAACGAGGAGCUGAAGGAGCAGACGGCGGUGACGGAGCGCAGGAACAACCUGCUGGCAGCCGAGGUGGAGGAGCUCCGGGCCCUGCUGGAGCAGAACGACCGCGCGCGCAAACUGGCCGAACACGAGCUCCUGGAGACCUCCGAGAGAGUCAACCUGCUGCACUCACAGAACAUGUCUCUGCUGAGCCACAAGAAGAAGCUGGAGAGUGACCUGGCUCUGCUGUCUGGCGAGGUGGAUGACAUGCAGCAGGAGUGCCGCAACGCAGAUGAAAAGGCCAAGAAGGCCAUCACUGAUGCGGCCAUGAUGGCAGAGGAGCUGAAGAAGGAGCAGGACACCAGUGCUCACCUGGAGCGCAUGAAGAAGAACAUGGAGCAGACCAUCAAGGACCUGCAGAUGCGGCUGGACGAGGCUGAGCAGAUAGCCCUCAAAGGGGGCAAGAAGCAGAUCCAGAAGCUGGAGAGCAAGGUCAAAGAGCUGGAGAAUGAGUUGGAGAUGGAGCAGAAGAAGAGCCAGGAGUUCCUGAAGGGAGUUCGCAAGUACGAGAGGAGGAUCAAGGAGCUUUCUUACCAGACGGAGGAGGACCGCAAGAACCAGCACCGCAUGCAGGAGCUCAUAGACAAGCUGCAGGCCAAAGUCAAGAGUUUCAAGAGGCAAGCCGAGGAGGCGGAGGAGCAGGCCAACUCCAACUUGACCAGGUUUAGGAAGGUGCAGCAUGAGCUGGAUGAUGCAGAGGAGAGGGCAGACAUGGCAGAGUCGCAGGUCAACAAGCUGCGCAUUCGCACCCGUGACCAGGGGCCCAAGACUCAGCUGGCCGAGUGAUGACUGGAGGACCUUCAUUGUGAUGAACUAAUUCAAUUCUCACUCAGUCAAGCCGCUGCAACAGAUAGCUUUGCCUGGGUGAUGGGACUUGCAUUAUAUUAAAUGUUUGGCAAAAAC